UGACAUUUUAUUAAAAGUAAAAUUAUAAAAAAAAACUAAAAACUGCAACACUAACAGUAAAUAUUAAAAACGUUCAAAUGUACAAAAUGUGCUACUAAUCACAUUAUAAAAAGACUAAAGCAAGACAUAACAAUAAAAACAGCUGUUGUACCCCGAUUUUUAUGUCAACAUCCGGAUAAUUUAACUUCGCUUCCAGGCUUGAAUAGUAUUUUUCCCUUUAAAACAAAAAAAACGACAAAUCUUUUAAAUCGUUUAUUUUCUUAGAAAAAAGAAACAAAGCCUAUUAUAUUAAUAUCUUUUUAUAUAUAAAUGUAUACUAUAUAUAUAAAAACAUUUAAGUUUCUUGAUUACUUGACUAUGUACACAAGUAAGGUUUUUUUUCCUUGACAAUUGAGGAAGUAAUAGCUCCUAAAUUAGAAAUAACAUACAAAAUAUAAAGUACAAUCUAUAAAUAUUCUAAUAUGUUGUAAACAGGUAAUAGGUAUCGCUUUCUACGAGACUAAACUGAACAUAUACAUCCAUACACACUGUAUCUAUUAGCUACUAGUCGCUUAUGAAUGUCUAUCAUAUUUUUAAGUGAUAAAAUAAGAGAAAGGAAGAAAUUAAUUACAUUGCAGGAGGAUUGUAAAUUAUUAACAAUAAAAUAGGUGUGAAAGAGCUUUUAGUUAAAAUAACUAGCAAUAAACACUUUGUAGAUUUAUAGCUUUUCAAUACAUUUAUUCGGACUCUAUGUAUACAAUAUAUGCAGCUAUAAUUUAUCUAAGGGAGUAUUGAUCUAUCAUUUUAUUAAACCCAACCAGUUGGCGUCGAAGAGACACGAACGGAAUCAAUAUGAGCUAAAUGAAAAGACGGCUUUCAUUCAAACUCGUACAGUUAGCUUUGUAUAGCAAGAUAAUCCUUAUUGAACGAGUUUGCAUAGCUACAAGCCAAAAUAUAAAGGAUACUGUUAUGGUAAGUAAUAUUUCUCUUAUCUUUCACGAUUUCCGAUAGUAUUAAGCGUCUAAAAAGAAUCUUAGCCCUUAGUCUUUAUCAAAUUUCUUCAAGCUGGCGGUUUGUCCAUAAAUUCUUACUUAUAUUGGCGUUUUUUCAAAGAUUUUACAUUCUUACGUCCGAUUAAAGACUUACCUACUUAUCUUAAAUCAUUUAAUACGUUGUAAUUAUCUCUUUUUGAGCAUGUAGUAUCAAGUGCUCUUUAUUUUAAAUUUGGCCUUUUGUUUUCUGACUUGUGAUUACAUUUACUAAUCAUAGUUCACAUGAGUACCGAGGACGAAAUACCCGCUCCUACAGCAGAACAACUACAGCCGGAAGUUAUAGCAGAAAUUCAAGAGGUUUUCUCCUUCUUCGAUAAAGAUGGAGAUGGAUGUAUAACGACGAGGGAGUUGGGUCCCGUAUUAAGAUCUCUAGGUCACAAUCCUGCCGAUAGUGAAAUUAAUAGACUUUUAGAGGAAUUCGACGAAGAUGGCAGUGGUACUUUAGAUUUUACUGAAUUUCUAACGCUAAUGGUUCGAGUACCAAAGGAGGAAGGUACUCAAGGUCUAACUGAGGAAGCAUUUCAAGUAUUCGAUAAAGAGAACAAUGGUCAAAUAUCCGUAGCAGAAUUACGUCAUAUAAUGACAAAUAUGGGAGAGAAAUUAACAGACGAAGAAGUAGACGAAAUGAUUGAAUUUGCAGAACCAGACAAUAAUGGAGAAAUUAAUUAUAUAGAAUUUAUUAAGAAUAUGCUGGCAGACAGUAAAUAAAGAAUAUAAAUAAUUUCCAUUGAAAGUGAUAUAUGUAAACAUAAAGACAUUGUCAUAAGGCCAAUACUAUUGAAUAUCUUAGGAAAAGAGAAGGAGAAAGCAGGACAUCUCUGUAGUUGUUUUUUCCUUUUUUUUAUUUUGAUUUUUUUUUUAUUUUGAUUUUAUAUAUUAAAAAACGUUCUUAGUUUUAUUCAAGAACACAAUCAAUUUAUGCUAUUCUGUCGUAUCUGGUAUACUAUUUAUGCUUUUAAUUAUUCUUUUCUUACUUGGGUAUAACCUGUAUUUACGAAAGAUGUACUGUAUUUUCAGUAUAUGUAUAUAUAUAUAUUAGUAUAUAUGUUAAUAAAUCAAUCAGUCUAUCUUUAUAUAGACUAAAUAUGAUUUAUCUCUUCAUUAAAUCGUUGAUAUGUUUAAAAAGACCAAUCCUUGACAUAGUUUAUUUGCUACAAAAAAUAUAAUCAGGAUUUUUGUUGCUCUAUAAACCGGUAGAUGGCGUUAAGUAUUGUUUUCUAAAAACUUUUUAUAAAGUUGAAUUGAGAAAACAUUUGUUGUCAUUUUUAUC